UACGUGAAGUAUCUUCGCAACGACGUCGUUCCUUCCACCCUAUAUAUUACCUUGCUUUGCCCUAUUUUUUUCACCCCGCGUCUCCUUUUCCUUCGGCGGUGAGGAAUCAACUCUCCCGCGAACCUCUGGAAUUGUUCCGUUCAGGAUCUUCGGAAGAUUUCUGCCCUAAUUUUCUUCGUGAUCUUUCUCCGAUCGUUUUCUCGAGCGACGAAUUAUCUUCUCGUCAAGAGAUGGCGGCUAAGCCACUUACUACUGAGGCAAUUGCCAUAACCGAGAAGAAGAUGGACAUGGCUUUAGACGACAUUAUCAAAAUGUCCAAAAAUACUGGAAACAAAACUAGAAAGCAAAGACGGCUUCCGAACAAAACGCAGAAAUUUCCAAAUAAUGCUACUCAGGAUAGACCUAGGAAGUUGCAGCGAUUUAUGGACUCAAGAUCUUCUCUAAGACAGGGGGCUUUGGCCAAAAAAAGGUCAAAUUUUCAAGGGAAUCAGUUUCCUUUGGCAGCAGAGGUUGCAAGAAAGGCUGCAGUUGCUCCAAUUCGCCCUAGAGGUUUUAAUCGGAGGGCACCAAAUUGGAGUAAGACAAGGUUUGAUGCUCCACCGGUACAGAGGAAGCCUUUUACUAAUGGAACCUUUAUUCCCAAGGUAGCAAUAGCAGCACGGGCGCAGCCCCAGACAAAUACAAUGCCAAGACAGAGGCCACAAACACUUGACUCGUUGUUUGCCAACAUGAAGGAGCAGAGGUUGAGGGUGUUGUCGCAGCGACAAAAUGGAAAUGGUGCUCCACAACGCAAUGGUGGCGGUCGCCAGCAAAGACCUCCAUGGGGAAGAGGCCGCUUCGGCAACUACGCAUGAAGAAACUUCAUGCAAUGGAUGGAGAAAUUUGUGUGGGAAUUGUAGAUGUUGCGCCCAAUAGUAGUAGCCAGUUGAUAGGGGACAAAAAGUAAUGUAGUUGUUACCUGUCAUUUUUUCUUUAACCAAACCCUUUACAUUUUAGCAUUUUCUAGCUUGAUGAUGAUUAUGGACCAAGUACUAUAGUUUUGUAUUUUUCAGUUUGUGUAAAGUUUCUUCUUAGUCUGUUUCAGUUCAAAGUAAUUGAGCUCUCGUUUUUUCUCUCUUUUU